AUGUCUGUAAGCAGGAACCAGCUGAUCUUACUACUAGGGUUUGUUUUUUUUGAACAAGACAGAUCUGCAACCCUUUCUCUCCCCAAAGCUCCUAAUUGUGGGCGGAGUCUGGAUAAAACACAGCCUUGGAAUUACUAUAACCUUUUUAGUCGCAUUGUUGGAGGAAGCCAAGCAGAGAAGGGUUCUUAUCCCUGGCAGGUAUCCCUGAAACAAAGGCACAAACACAUCUGUGGUGGAACCAUCAUCUCUCCACAGUGGGUGGUCACAGCCGCUCACUGCAUUGCACACAGAAAUAGCCUAUCGACUCUCAAUGUGACUGCGGGAGAAUACGACUUGAGUCAGGCAGAUCCGGGAGAGCAAACCCUCGCCAUUGCAAGCGCCAUCAUCCACCCACAGUUCUCCACCAGGAAACCCAUGGACUACGAUAUCGCUCUUUUGAAAGUGGCCGGAACCUUCCAAUUUGGUCAGUUUGUGGGACCCAUGUGUCUUCCAGAGCCAGGGGAGAAGUUUAAGGCUGGAUUUACUUGUACCACUACCGGCUGGGGCCGCCUGACAGAAGGUGGCAGCCUCGCACAAGUCUUGCACGAGGUAAACCUGACCAUCUUGCCCCAGAAGGCGUGCGCCGCAGCGCUGCUGACCCUGCAGAGGCCCCUCGCCGGCCACACCUUCCUCUGCACCGGCUCCCCCGAUGGAGGGCGCGACGCCUGCCAGGGAGACUCAGGAGGCUCCCUCAUGUGUCGCAAUAAGAAAGGAACCUGGACCCUGGCCGGUGUGACUUCCUGGGGUUUGGGGUGUGGCCGAAACUGGAGAGCUAAUGGGCAGAAAAAGAAGCAGGGGUCCCCAGGGAUCUUCACCGACCUCAGUAAAGUGCUCCCCUGGGUGUAUGAACACGUGUGA